GAAAGACAGAGGGAGUAACGGGACCUGGGUUGGUUUGGAAAUUAAAUCAGACGGAGGGAAACGCGGCCAAGCGUGGAGAUACGACAUUGAAAACAGGUGGGGGAGUAGCCGGUGGAGUGCUGAAUUGAAAGACGCAGCACCGCGACGGGGACGAAGAUGCUCCCCACUCUCCCUCUGGACCUCCUGAUCCAUCCCAUCAGCUUCAUUUAGAGUUCACCUGGUGUUUUGGUGAAGGCCAGACUGUGAAAAAGUUGCAAACACAUACAUAUACACAUCGUUUUUUUUAUCUCCUCUUGCUUGUCUCCUGGCAGAGCAAGCUUAUUGGCAUUUUUUGCAGAACAGUAAUACUUACUACCACUUUUUAUAAACAGUUUUUAAUGAAAACAUGGCGAACAUGUGCCCGUAUGGUCGCUUCACUCACGCCGUGGUGCGGGGAAUCCCAGAGACCUUUGGGAAGGCUGCGGGAGACGGUCGAGAGAACGGGGAGACAUCAGUGGAUCUGGCCAAAGCUCAGCGUCAGUUCGGUUGCCUGACAGGAGCCCUGAGGCAGAAGGUUGGCCUGCAGUUGAUCGAGAUCCCCCCUGACCCUGAGCUGCCGGAGAGCUGGAGGAUAGAGGAUGUGGCAGUCAUCCAGGGAGACACGGCGCUCAUCACCAGGCCCUUCAAACAGCAGAGGCGCAGUGAGGUGGAGGCAGUGAGGAGGGUGAUGUCGGAGCUGAAUCUGACUGUGGUGGAGAUGGGGACCGAGGAGGGGGACUCUGCAGGAGCCACCCUGGAGGGUAGCGACAUCCUCUUCACGGGGAGGGAGUUCUUUGUCGGCAUCUCCUCCCACACCAACCGCAGAGGGGCGGAGGUGCUGGCAGACACUUUCAGGGACUUUGCUGUGUCCACUGUCCCCGUCUGCGGUGGAGCCCGACUGAAAAACAUCUGCUCCAUGGGAGGUCCAGACACAAUCAUCAUAAGCAACAGUGAUGGGGCCAAGAAGACACUCCGGAUGAUGGAACAGCUGACUGAUCACCACUAUGAAGUCCUCACUGUCCCUGAGGAAUCAGCCGCAAACUGCAUCUACAUCAAAGGUCCGUCUAAACGGGACUUCCUGCUGCACCGGCCUGCAGACGAGUGUCCUGACAGUGUCUCUGCCUUCCAGAAGCUGCAGGACUACACCCUCCUGCCUACAGCCUGCAGCGAGGCCUCCAAACUGGGAGCGUCCCUGUCCUCACUCUGCCUCCUCAUCAACAGAAAGCACACGUAUUUCUAAAGACACACUCCCAACACUCAGUAUGUUACACAGUAUUUACCUGCACAUGUCCGUGGUGUGGUGGAGGGGGGCCUCCGAAACACUUCCCACGGAUUUAAAAUUCUUGUCUAUUUAUUGUUAAAGGAAACACUGACACACAGUGUUUGUAUGAGAGAGAAUACGAUCCAUCUGUUAACAGACUAACUGUAUCAAACACGCAGAUUGUUGGCACAGUUCCCCCCCCUGCUGAACCAACAGUGCAGCACACAGAGGUCUUACAACACCACUCAUGAAACCACUAAAUUCAACUGUAGUUUCUAACUGUUUAACUUGGUAAUUUGUAGGCACCACUGAGCUAACAUUAAAACAAUUGAAAUUGGAGACUUUUUAAUAUCUUCUAAGGCCUUUUUAUUUUGAGGAAUCUGAAUUCAGUGCUGUAGAUAACCCUGUGGUGCUCAAAUUCAUGAUCAUGUGUAGCUCUUAUAUCCAUAUUACAACAGGUUGGUAUCCAUUUCAUUACUCUUCAAGUAUUAGUUGUUUUACUGACAGUUUAAAUUACAGGAUGUGUAGCUGCUAAGUAUAGAAAUGCAGAUUUUUUUAUUAAAUAGUUUUAGCUUUUCCUAUGUAUGAAUUUGUAGCAAGUGUAGAGAUGCCAAUAAAAAUGUAUCUGCCAACUUGUAGAGACAUGUCAUUUUGCUUUUGUGUAAUUUACACUCAGUUGGCAGUUUAUUUGGUACAUCCAACUAAAGCUAAUGCAGUCUAAUACAGGUCCUGCAAUAACUCAUACAUUCACGAAGGUUUGGAUUCAACUUGAAGGUCAUCUGAGGCUGCAGUUUUGUGUCGCUGCUGAAAAUUGAAUUGCAUUAUAUUAGCAGGCGUUCCUAUUUUGUCCUUCCAUUUAUAUUAAUGAGGAUUGGCAAAAUAAACACUUCCAUAUAAUGCAGAUUCAACAGCACCACAAUCUUCUUCCUCAAAUUAUCAGUUUGAAUCAACAAUACAAACAAUUUCAAUAGAGACUGAACAUUAUAACCUUUUAUGAAGGUGGACUCAUUGCAGGACUGUUGCA